UUCACAUCGAAGCAGCAGGAACGGAGGGAAAAUGAGUGUCGGCUGAUGAGCAAUUUGUUGCGAACCGAAAAGAGAAACUGAUAUGAUAUUAGAGGAAUACAAUAUUUACAAAAUCUGAACCUAGAUUAGUAUAUAGAUCAGUGGAUUGAUACUUUUUUGGCAUCUUACACAAGCGCCGUAAACAAACGAAUAAUCACAUGAAAAGAAAACAAGUGGAGAACAACAGUAACAUCUGUGUGCGUUGAAGAUAGACCAUGGUGAAGGAAAGACAUGCUUGGUGGAUUUUGGAUUCUAAGGACCACCUUUUACACAUCAAUGUAGGUGGGUUGAGGCACACUCUAUGUUCAAGCAUUCUGAGGAAGUUUCCGGACACACGUCUUGGCCAACUCUUGUCCUGUGAUUCAGAGGAUGACAUUCUACAACUCUGUGAUGACUUUGAUGUUCAACAGAAAGAGUUUUACUUUGACCGUAACCCUGGUCUCUUCCCUUAUGUCCUGCACUUCUAUCAGACUGGCAAGCUGCAUAUUAUGGAAGAGCUGUGCAUUUUCUCCUUCUCUCAGGAAAUAGAGUACUGGGGCAUCAGUGAUUUUUUUCUGGACAGCUGCUGUAGUUACCGAUACCUUGAUCGUAAAUUGGAGAGACAUCAUAAAUCCUGGGAUGAAGAGAGUGAUGUUAGCAGUGUGGAUACAUCAGUUGAUGAGAUUUCUGAUCUGAACAAAGAUAUUGAGCACUUCCAUGAAAUACGUUUUGGAAACAUUCGCAAGUGUCUAUGGCUAACAUUGGAAAAUCCAGGUUAUUCUAUCCCUAGCAAAAUUUUCAGCUUGCUUUCCAUUUGUGUGGUCCUAAUAUCAAUUGCCACCAUGUGUAUCAAUAGCAUUCCAGAAUACCAGAGAUUUGAUGAAAAUGGUAAUCCAGCUGAAGACCCAACUAUGCAUGUAUUAGAAGUGUUCUGCAUCUGCUGGUUUACCUUUGAGGUAGUAACACGCAUGCUUCUUGCUCCAAACCAUCGUAAAUUCUUCCUGCUACCACUAAACGUGAUUGAUAUCAUCUCAGUGAUGCCAAUUUACAUAACAAUCUUUUUUGAUAUGGUCAUUGGGAGCGAGUCAGAGCUGGGCAACUUGGGAAAACUGGUCCAGGUGUUGCGGCUGAUGAGGAUCUUCAGGGUGCUAAAGCUGGCUAGGCAUUCAACAGGGUUAAGGUCACUAGGUGCUACUCUACGGCACAGCUACAGAGAGGUUGGAAUCUUAUUACUGUACCUGGCAGUGGGUGUAUCAGUGUUCUCCGGAAUGGCUUACACUGCAGAAUAUGAGGAAGAUGUUGGUUUGGACACAAUCCCAGCCUGCUGGUGGUGGGGAACAGUUAGUAUGACAACAGUGGGAUAUGGAGAUGUGGUGCCAGUGACAGUGGCAGGAAAGCUGGCAGCAUCUGGCUGCAUCCUGGGCGGCACAUUAGUUGUGGCACUACCCAUCACCAUCAUAUUCAACAAGUUUUCACAUUUUUACCGCAAACAAAAAGCUCUUGAGGCAUCAGUGAGAAACAACAACAACAAGACACUUAUAAUGAGACAACAGAGAAACAGUGGAGACACUGAAAUACAUGGGUAUAACCACUGUUUGGAGGAUGGAGAAAAGGAUGAAGAUGUGACUUAUGAGAGAGGAGUUGUCAACUAUUGCUACGAAGACCAUCCACUGACAUAUACAGUCUGAUGUGUCCACUAUGUAAGAAAAGUAAUUAGUGUUUAAGUCAAAGAUAUUAUACCAAUAUUAAACAUCAUAUUCUGACUUAAAAUACAGAUGGGUGACAAAUUAAAGGAAAAUCUUGGGGAUCGGUUGGCUCUGUUAUGCUGUGGGGGGCAUUUUGAUGACAUGAUCUUUGAGGGAAGGGUCACAGCAAAAAAAUACAAAGGGUUCUUCUCAAUCAGAAUGCUGCAUCCUAGUGAGGUUGCAUCCUUCCUAGACCAUGCAGUCCUUCUGAGGCUUUUAGGCUAGAAUGAGACAGACUAGUAAGUCUGCAUGGCUGUGCCAUAAAGAUUUCUGCUGCCACAUUCACAGCAUGAAAAUGCUAUUAAAUUUAAUUUGGGUAAAAUAUUUUACACUAAAAAUCUUUAUAUUAUCUGACAUUUUUUUAAUACUUUAUUGAUUAGAUUUUUCCUUUAACAUAUCAAAACCAUACAACACACAUAAACCAACACAUAUUCACUCAAAUCUCACAUAUAACUAUCCAACAAACAAUUACACAACAGUAAAAAAGAAAAGAAAACAGUAGACUAUAUGUAUAAAACAAAAGUGGGGGGCAUUAGUCCAAUAAACACCCCAAGUAUGAAUUCUCUUCUUAGCUCAAUUAACCAUUUAUCUCAAUAGAUCAAUUCAACCACUUGCUGUAGAAACAAUAUCACCAAAGUCAUUUAUAAAAGGUUGCCAUAUCUCUUUAUCUAUCUUUAUUUUUUAAGGAGAAUCUGAUUUUCUCUAGCUCCAAAUGUUUCAUUAUAUCCCUCAUCAGAUUUAUAUAUGUGGGGGCAGCUUUCUGUUUCCAGUUUAACAAUAUUA